AUGGUUCAGAUAGUUGAAAAGGCGUCGGAGGAGAGGCUGAUUUCACAACUAGAACAGAUAACACACAAACAACGAAACAAACCAAAGUGA